AUGGUGGCUUUCGCUUCCAUUGCUUGUCUCAACGGCAACAAUGGCGGCGUCAAAAGAUCACCCAACGAACAACCCGCAAAUAUCCCCCUUGGAAUCCUCGUAUUCGAGGCUGCCAAGACCGUAUCCCGCCUUCUUUCACUCUACAGAUCUCUAUCCGAUCCUGAAAUCUUGAACCUCAGGAAAGAAAUCUUUAAAUCUAAAGGCGUUGUUUAUCUCAAUUCUGAUGACGAAGGGUAUCUCCUAAACCUGGCGUGUGCGGAAAAGAUCGAAGAUCUUGACAAAGCUGCAAUCGUAGUUGCAAGGCUUGGCCGGAAAUGUUCGGAUUUGACGUUGAGUUCCUUCGAUAGGGUUUACACUGAUAUUAAAUCAGGAACGACGGAUUUACGGAAAUUUGAGUAUGGGACAAGUAAAACAAAGAAGAAAAUUCGUAAGUUGAAGAGAUUCUUGUCGGCGACGUUGGGUUUGUAUGGUUCGAUGCAUUGUUCUCCGGGAUUGGAAGCGCCGGAGAAGAAAAUGAAUUCUCCGGUGCCGUUCAAAAACAUGAUGAAGUUCCCGGCCAUUGAAUGGAGAAUACCGCAUGCGCAGCCCUGGAAACAACAUGUUCAUCACACAAAACCGAAUUUAUGGACCCUGCCUUUCGAAAAAGUAGUUAGGCUGACGUCAAGAGUUGUAUGCAUAAUUUAUGCCAGGAUUUGCAUGGUGUUUGGACCAUACGUGUCUGAUUUACCAACGGCAUACACCGGCAGACAAAAACACGUUACUGCACAAAUCCCAUCUGAAAUCUGGUUUAUCGAGCCCAGAACGCCUGACAACAAAUCUCCUCGGCCAAGACUCUGGAUUGUUCAUCAUCAUGAACCAAAAUCUCCUCGGUCAAAACUCGUGAAAUCCAAAUCCAAAAAAAACUUGACUCGGAUAAACCCAAACCCCGAUAGGUCGAUUCCGACUGAGGAAGCCAAAACCGAUCAGGUAUUCCACGACGCCGGUCCCAAUACUGUUGGCGGGUCCCGUCUUCAGAUUCUUUACGCCAACCUCAUCAUGAUGGCGGAGGAAAACAUGGUGAGAAAAACCAUAAAAGAUGAUGUGCGGGAUGAGAUGUAUCGAAUGUUGCCAAAAAAUAUGAGAGCGAUGGUUAAGGUGAAGAUCAGGAGGCUCAGGGAUUGCAAGGGCAACAAUGGUGGGAAGCAGAAGAUGAAGGAAGCGUUGAGGAGUAUAUUCAUGUGGCUUUCACCCAUGGCGCACAACACCUUGUUGUGGGCACGGGAGAGGAGAGUGGAGAUGACUCGUUUUGACGCCAGGCCUCCUGUGCUGUUAUUGCAGACAUUGCAUUUCUCAGACAAGGAGAAGACGGAAGCUGCCAUUGUUGAGUAG